GUGUGUGUGUGUGUUUGUGUGUGUGUGUGUGUGUGUGUGUGUGUGUGACAGCAUUAUAAAAGGUCUGAAGGUCGAGCCUGAAGUCACUUUAGUGUCUUGCCACUGGAGGAGCUGCUGCCGCCACCAGGGACCAUAAGAUGCAGAUGUCCCACAGACCUGUGCAAUGGCUCGCUGUCAUGAGUCUUGUCAUCUUUACAACUGGACAGUGUCAACAAAACCAGUUUCGCCGGGCUGUGACUGAACACCAGCUGAUGCACGACCGCGGCCGGAACAUCCAGAGUCUCAAACGGCUCAUCUGGCUGUCCAGCGCCAUCGAAGGUCUCCACACGGCCCAGACCCGCGCCGCCUCGUUCGACCCCACAAAGAUCCUGAACCUGGCUCUGGAUCCGGCGCUGGGCCCUGCUGACGAGAGCCCGCAGCCGGUCCGCGUGCAGAGCCUCCUCAGAGACUUCUUUAAUCCUUACCUGACUCGGGUGUCAGACAGAGAACCAUAACAUGAUGCACCACUGUGAAGCAAUGAAUCUUUGAAAAUAAAGCACUUGAAGCACAGCAGCAGAACAUCUGUAGUGGCACCAAAGGUUCAGAUUAAAAUUGCUGGAUUAUUGGUGUGAGCUGCUAGCUACUUUUAUUUUGUAAUACAACCAUGACAUCUGUGGCUGUAUGAUUAAAAAACCUGUGGAGGUGAAUCACAACUGUAAUAAAUUUAAAUAUAAAUAAACAUAAGACAAUGUUGUCUCUGGUCAUCACUAAACAGAUAAAAGCUACUCUCUAAGUGUGGACAUGUGGAACGUUAAUGAAAGUAAGCACAUUAUGAGGCCUUUAGAGCCUUUAGUCGUUUCUGUAUUAAAAAUUUAAUUACUGGUGGAGUUUGUUGAGCCUAAUGUAGCUGUCAUCGUCUCAAAAUAUGUUGUUGUCAUUCAUUGAUCACUUUGUGUCACUUCUGUUCUUCUGAGCACAUCAUUUGUUUCCAGAACCUUAAAAAUAAAAACAAUGUCAGUAUUGUAUUCAGCACUGUACAGCACACUAUUCUAACAGUAUUUGAAUUGUGUUGUCCUUUGAAUUAACUAAAUGAGCUUCAUUUUAUAGAAGGACUUUUAUGUGUGGUUGUGAUUUGAUUGGCUCAGUUUUAUCUUGUAAACAUGUAUAUUAAUCCUUAUGGUUGCAUGGCUUA